GAAAUUCUUCACAUAUAUCCAAUGAAAGAAAGUUUGAAAAUCUGAACCAUGAAAAUACAACUAACGAGCAACAAUAUCUCGAGAAAUGUAUCAAAAAUCCUGAUCUCAAAAAGUUUGUUGAAAAACUAG